UGCGCUACGCGCCCAGAAGCUAGAACGACGUCGUCGUGCUCAUUCACCCCGCCCUGCCGUCAGCAGCUCAGCGAGCUCAGCAGCACGCCAUGGCGCACAAGCUCGCGGCAACGCCAGACGUGACCAUCGACGAGGAGGGCAAGUUCAAGUACGUGCUGCUGCAGCUGUACGUCGAGCCCAAGGCCGCCAACGUCGCCAAGCUGGUGGUGCGCGGCGCGAGGUGGGCGCCCUUCCACGAUGACAUUUAUGAGUCAGAGAAGACAACAAUGAACUCACAGGGUGUACAAGUAGAGAGCCUUGGUGGAGGACAGAUUGUGCAUGAUCCUCGCUCAAGAACCAUCACCAUUGGAGGCAUGUCCCAUGGACUUGGCAAGGCAGAUCACAACCUGGCGGCUGCAUUGCUUUCUCGUUACUACCCUGGUUACAGUAUCACUGUAACAGAUUGAUAAAAAGAAGCAAAUACUAAGCCACAGAAAAAUCAUUUGUUAGACCAAUGCAUCAUCUGAUGGGCUACUCAUGA